UGGAGAUAGAGAGAAGCAGGGCACACAGAGUGAGAAAAGAGACUGCAGUAACGGGUUGACUGUGACAAGAGAAUCUCAUUACCAAUCAUCAGUUCAUCACAGACCCGUCAAGAUGAAUCACAGCUCCAACGAGAAAGAAUCAGAGACUAUAGAGCCAUUGCGUUAUCUCAGUAAAACAGAGGUGUCGACCAUUGAGACGGAACUCCUGCGGGACUAUCGCUUUGGACAGCAGCAGUUGAUUGAAAUAUGGGGCCAUGCGUGUGCUAUUGCCAUCACAAAGGCUUUUCCCUUGAGCUCUCUGAGUAAAAAGCAGCCCACACUGCUGGUUGUUUGUGGUCCUGACCAGAAUGGCUCCAUUGGUCUGGUGUGUGCACGACACCUGCGCAUAUUUGAAUAUGAGCCCACGAUUUUCUAUCCCAAGAGGUCCGCUCAGAGUUUGUACCAGGACUUCACCAUUCAGUGUGAGAAAAUGGAUAUCCCAUUUCUCUCCUAUCUUCCAACAGAGGUCCAGCUGCUAAAUGAUGCCUACAAUCUGGUGAUUGAUGCCAUCCUGGGACCAGAAACUGAACACAAGGAGGUGAAGGAGCCAUAUGCUGGGAUGCUGGUGACUCUUAAACAGGUCAAAAUACCCAUCGUUAGUGUGGACGUGCCCUCAGGUUGGGAUGUGGAUGUAUCCGGCAAAGAUGGAAUAAAUCCAGAAGUUCUCAUCUCCUUGACAGCCCCCAAAAAGUGCGCAGCGGGUUUCACGGGAAAGCAUUUUCUGGCAGGACGAUUCCUACCCUAUGACAUUCAGAAGAAAUACGAACUGAAUCUGCCUGAAUUCCCAGGCACAGAAUGUGUUAUAGAACUGUAGCAAUUUAUAUAUAAAAAAAAAAUCUGUAUUUUGAAUAAUAAAAAAAGGAUGUUUUGACCCUUUUGUAUUUUAUAGAUUGUCCUGUGGCAUUCUGUUACUGACAAAUAAUAUUAUUGAUUAGAUACUUUGGCUAGUUUAGAUGAGAUGGGUUUACAGUGAUGAACUAAAGCUGCAGAAUUUUUUUAUAUGUUCAACAUUCAUGUCAUUCAUUCAACCAUUGAGUUCUCAAUUUGCAAAUAUACAAUAUUGCUCAAUACAUAUAAAUAUUUUCUUUUAAAUGUUGGAUAUAUAUACAAAGUGCAUUACCCUGAUAGUGCCUCCUGUCUAAUGUGUACAACACCUACCAAAUCAAUGCUUUUCCACUGGAAUGUUAAUCCAAUACAAUUCGAUUCAAAUGUACUUUGUUUGGAAAAGUUGUAUAGUCUACAAUAGUCUGAGGCUGAAGAACAUGUAUGUGUAUAUCGUUUUGUUUUUAAUCUACAUUGUUCAUGUGCACGUUUUUUCUUAGUUCUUCAAGGUUGUAUGAAUUUCGAGAACUGGAAAAAUUAAAUGAUCUACAUAUAAACAUUG